CAACAACUGCAAAGGACCCGGAUGUAAGAAAACAACAACCUACAGACGUCCAAUUAUAAUUGCGAGUGAGAGGGACGCUGAUGCGACAUCACGAGUUGGAGCAUACCAUUACUUACAAACUAACGGGGAGGCCCUUGCAUAGAAUGUUUAGUGUUUAUCGUGGCAAAUGACAAAUACUUGUAUUUAGUAAUAAUAAUUAAUACGAAUCCUGGUGUGUGUGUGAGGCGUAGUGACAGCAAAGCUUGCGGCUUGUAGAUAAAGUAUUCAGCUAUGGCUCCUGCUGUAUAAUGUGGUACCGUCUGCUUAGAGCUAGUCAACAUAGAGCGCCGCUAAUAAUACAAAAAUAAUAAGCUGUUGGGGAAGGACAGUUGUUAUUGUGGAUAAAGUGAGCCGGGGAAAAGCCGACGUGUGAGAGGAGGAAAGCGAACAAGAGCCGCUCCCGGAGAGGCAGAGCCGAAGGAGAGCGCGGGGGCCGUGCGGCCCGGGCCGACGAGCUGUUACUGCUGCUGUCUGAGGAAGAGGAGGCUGCGGAGCUCCCCCGCCCCGUUACACCGGGCCCCGCUCCCUCCUCCUUGUCCUACUACUCGGGGGCCAUGGAUCAGUGCGGCACGGUGGAGCGGGAGCUGGAGAAGGUUCUGCACAAGUUCGGCGGAUACGGACAGUUGUGUGAGCUGGGCCUGGAAGAGCUCAUCGAGUAUGCGGGGGGACUCAGGAGGGAGAUACUACAGGCGGCAGAACACGAUGGUGAAUUAUCCGGGACGUUAUCUCUGGUGCUGACGCAGUGCUGUAAACGGAUAAAAGAUACAGUUCAGAAACUGGCGUCGGAUCAUAAAGACAUUCACAGCAGUGUCUCACGAGUGGGGAAAGCUAUCGAUAAGAAUUUUGAUGCUGACAUUAGCAGUGUGGGGAUAGAUGGCUGUUGGCAGACAGACAGCCAGCGAAUAUUCAGUGAGGUGAUGGUUGAGCACUUCUUCAGACAAGGAAUGCUGGACGUGGCCGAAGAACUCUGUCAGGAAGCCAGCCUUUCUAUGGACACAAGCCAAAAAGAGCCGUUUGUGGAGUUGAACAGAAUAUUAGAGGCUUUAAAGGUCCGAGUGCUUCGGCCAGCUCUAGAGUGGGCUGUAUCCAACAGAGAGAUGCUUAUGGCUCAGAACAGCUCGUUGGAAUUCAAACUGCACAGAUUAUAUUUUAUUAGUUUAUUGAUGGGAGGAACAGUGAACGAGCGGGAAGCGCUGCAGUAUGCCAAAAACUUCCAGCCCUUUGCGGAAAACCAUCAGAAAGAUAUACAGGUCCUUAUGGGGAGCCUUGUGUACCUACGUCAAGGCAUUGAGAACUCUCCGUAUGUUCAUCUGCUGGAUGCAAACCAGUGGGCAGAUAUCUGUGACAUCUUUACUCGUGAUGCUUGUGCCCUGCUCGGUCUCUCUGUAGAAUCACCUCUCAGUGUUAGCUUUUCAGCUGGAUGUGUGGCACUCCCUGCCCUCAUUAACAUCAAGGCAGUGAUAGAACAGAGGCAGUGUACGGGUGUGUGGAACCAGAAAGAUGAAUUACCUAUUGAAGUGGACCUUGGAAAAAAAUGCUGGUAUCAUUCGAUAUUAGCCUGCCCUAUACUUCGUCAGCAAACCACAGAUAACAAUCCUCCUAUGAAACUUGUUUGUGGGCACAUUAUAUCAAGAGACGCGCUGAAUAAAAUGUUCAAUGGCAGCAAAUUAAAAUGUCCAUAUUGUCCUAUGGAGCAAAGUCCCGGAGACGCCAAACAGAUCUUUUUCUGAAGAAUUCGGUUUGUUUUGGAUUUUGAUGAACUGGUGUUUAGUAUAAUUUCCCUGGUGCACUUGAGAAUCCGCAGGGAAUGCUCUUUAUCCUUUCUCUACAGACCUAGAUCACUAUUGUUGUAGGUGGUUUCAUGGAGGCCCCACCAGUCCCAACAUCACUGGGUGAAACUCACAGCUCUGCCGUGUUUUGAUAGCAAAAAUAGUGGGGAUGCACCGAAUCCACUAUUUGGAUUCUGUCGAACCCCCGAAUCCUUCAUGAAAGAUUCGAAUACCAAUCCGAAUCCUAAUUUCCGUAUGCAAAUUAGGGUUGGGAAGGUGAAAAAAAUUUUUACUUCCUUGUUUUGUGACAAAAAGUCUUGCAGUUUCCCUCCCAGUCCCUAAUUUGCAUAUUUAAAUUAGGAAUCGGAUUUGGUUCGCCAGGGCAGAAGGAUUCGGCUGAUUACGAAUCCUGCUGAAAAAGACCGAAUCCUGGAUUCGGUGCACCCCAUAAAAAUAGAGAUAGAAGGCGCACACACAACAAAACAAAAUGAGGUGCAAUACUUAUGGGACUCCCCAGAAGAGUCGCCAAAAUUAGUAGAACAUUCCAGAAAAAGCAAAGUCUGCACACUCAAAAUUAAAGCAAAUUCAUAUUAUUCCAUCAAAAGGAAAAAUAAUUACAAAAGUGUCCCCUACACGUUUCGACCGUUAAAGGGGUGGUUCCCCUUUAGGUUAACUUUAAUAUGUUCUAGAAUGGCCAAUUCUAAUCAACAUUUAUAUUGGUCUUCAUUAUUUAUUUUUUAUAGCUUUUUAAUUAUUUGCCUUCUUCUUCUGACUCUUUCCAGCUUUCAAAUGGGGGUCACUGACCCCAUCUAAAAUAACAAAUGCUGUGUACGGCUACACAUUUACUGUUAUUGCUACUUUUUGAUACUCUUCUUUCUUUUUGGGCCCUCUACUAUACAUAUUCAAGUGAGUGCAUGGUUGCUAAGGACAGUUGGACCCUAGCAACGAGAUUGUUGACAUUGCAAACUAGAGAGCUGACGAAUAAAAAGCUAAAUAACUCAAAAACCACAAAUAAUAAAAAAUGAAAACCAACUGCAAGUUAUCUCAGAAUAUCAUUCUCUACCGCAUACUAAAAGUUAACUCAAAGGUGAACAACCCCUUUAAUUCCCCUGAUGAAGAUUUAAAUGGUUGAAACGAGUAGGGCCUAUGCUUUGGGGCCACUUUUGUAACUAUUUUUUCUUUUGAUGGAAUUAAAUGAAUUAAGUGUGCAGACUUUUUGCUUUUUCUGCAUUGCCAUAUUUUGACUCCAUUCUCUAACCUUGGUCUCUCAAUCUGACCCAGCGAACCGCACCAGCAUUGCUCAAAAUGCGGGGGUUUUGUUAAAGAUGUGACUUUUUAUUGCUGAUGUUGUGAGUCCUAUUCCCUCGUAUGGUGAGUGUAAAUAACUAUAAAACAAAUACUACAGAAAGUAUCAUAAAGAGAAUAGUGGAUAUAGAGGUGACUUGUAUUUUUUUUUUUUUGCCAAGACAAAUGGCUAAAUUAUCCAGAUUUUUCACCCAGAGGUUUUUCUGUCGUCGUACUUAACAAAAAAAAAUAAAUGUAAAUAAAUAAACCUACUGUCAAAUUAAGAGAGCGAGGGACUGUUUUGCUGCUAGGGUGAAAAUGUGCUUUAAUUAUUAAGAAAUGUUUGUGUCACCAGAUUAUUCAAUAAAAAAACAAAGUUCUGUA